AUGUCGACCUCAGCACAAUCGGCGACACCUGGUCUAGCGCACCGCUCCAUCUCCAAUAUACGCUCUGGUGCUGGUCCGCAGGCUGGUCCGCCCAGCCCACACACUCCGCUUCGUGGCACGACGUCUGCCUUUGGGUCGCCUUCCACUCUCCGCGCUGAAGAGGAGACAAUUGUGAUCGAGAUAGGGACGCGUUUCGUCCGAAUUGGGUUCGCAGGAGACUCGGUUCCUAAAGCCAUAGUCUCUCCAGGUCCGGUACAACAACGCCGCGUUGGUGAUUUUACAUCAUGGCUUCCACGGUCAUCAACGGCGCCGUCGUCCGUGCCUCCGAAUACAGACCUUCCAUCUAUUGAAUGGGGCCAUCUUCACGAACUAUGGACGUCCGACCUACGGUGCUUAGACCUUGGUCUCGUGGGAGACAAACUGGACCGCCUCUUGCGUGAAGCCUUCACGAAAAAUCUUCUAAUCGAUUCCCGACCCCGCCGUGUCUUCCUCGUUCUACCUCCAGCGCUGCCUUUGCCGUUAGUUUCAACCAUUCUCGAUACCCUAUUCCAUCGCUUUCAAACACCACUGGUAUCGAUUUUGUCAUGUCCUGUUACCGCUGCUGUUGGCGCUGGAGUACGGUCCGCAAUUGUUGUGAACUUGGGCUGGGCCGAGACGGUUGUGUCGAGCGUCUACGAAUACCGAGAGAUCCGCCAUACGAGGAGCACAAGGAGCGGCAAGAUGCUUGUACACGAAGUGCAUGAACUUUUAGCCUCGGCGCGCAAGCAACCGCCGACGCGGCUUGAAACCUCGGAUGCAGACGGAGUUCGGCGAUCAAUUCGUGUCUUUGGUUUCGACGAGUGCGAAGAUAUUGCCUGUCGCAUGACGUGGUGUCAGCAGCUUGACCGCGCCGCGGCUCCUGAGGAUGAGCCAGGACUGGCAACUGUGGAGGAACGGGACGAAUUCACCUCUUUGGCCCAAGACGAAGUCAGACAGCACCAUACGGUCAGGAAUAUGCAUCUAGGCAUGUCGUCUUGUUCGCCCCCUGAAAUCAUCGAGCUCCCAUUCCAACGCCUAUCAGAGCCUUGCGAGAAUACAUUUGUGGCCCCUCAGUACACGCCAAGCAGCUUUGAUGACGACGAAUUGCCCAUUCCCUUACUUAUCUAUCGCCACUUAUUAUCGCUGCCUAUCGAUGCGCGCGCGGUGAGUAUGUCGCGCAUCAUCUUCACAGGCGGGUGUUCCAACAUUCCCGGUCUUCGCAAGCGACUGUCAGACGAACUGUCUCGUCUGGUAGGCCUAUGGGGUUGGGAUCCAGUUCACGGCGAUGGUGCACAACAAGUCAAGGCUAAAGCGAAGCAUAGUAAAAGCCGGAGCCGUGCGCAUUCACAAGCAGCGGUGGUGGGAGAAGACGGGCAAAAAGAUGACGUCUGGCAUGACGCUGCCAACGCAGUUCCGGAACAUGACAGUGUACAACAGCUCCUGCAGCGAACUGGAAACCCUCUCGAAAGCUUACAGGGCAGCGUUCGAGUGCUGGAAACAUUAGGACCCUGGGCUGGGGCCAGUAUGAUUGCCCACCUUAAAGCAAUGGCGGUCGCAAACAUUGACCGUGAAGCGUGGCUGCAGCAAGGUGUCGCUGGGGCCGCUCGCCCUGGGGAAGUUGACGUGAAAGCGCAACAGAGGCAGAGCCUGGGACCUGGGCUCAUGCGCGGUGCCUCGGUGGGAGGCUCGGCAAGUUGGACCCUGGGAGCCUGGGGAGCUGUGUAG